CAUCAACCUUUGUGCUUAUUAAUCCCUCUUUUAAGCCUUCAAUUUAUUUUUUUAUAACCAAAAAAUGGCUACUUUUGAAAGUCCUCUAGGCAGAGAACAAACAUUUGCAUUUUCUAUCACUUCCCAAAAUGUUUGCAAUAAUAGCCAAUCCAAUAAAUUUGAUUUGCCAGUUGACUCAGAACACAAGGCAAAAUCAAUCAAAAUAUUUUCAUUUGCACAACCCCACAUGAGAUCUUUUCACUUAGCUUGGAUUUCAUUUUUCACUUGUUUUAUAUCCACUUUUGCUGCUGCCCCUUUAGUUCCAAUAAUUAGGGACAAUCUCAAUUUAACGCGUGCAGAUAUUGGUAAUGCAGGGGUUGCCUCAGUUUCCGGUAGUAUUUUUUCUAGACUAAUCAUGGGUGUACUAUGUGACUUAAUUGGUCCAAGAUAUGGUUGUGCAUUUCUCAAUCUUUUAACUGCCCCUAUUGUUUUCUCUGUUGCAUUUAUCUCAAAUGCUGAGGGAUACAUAGCUAUGAGGUUCUUAGUUGGAUUUUCUUUAGCCACAUUCGUGUCAUGUCAAUACUGGACAAGUGUUAUGUUCAAUAGUCAGAUAAUUGGACUCGUUAACGGUGUGGCGGGAGGGUGGGGUGAUAUGGGAGGUGGUGUUACACAACUCCUCAUGCCUUUUCUUUUUCAUAUAAUUAAAUUAACUGGGGCUACUCCGUACACUGCCUGGCGUAUCGCGUUUUUUAUCCCUGGAUGGUUACAUAUUAUUAUUGGACUUAUGGUCUUAAUACUUGGUCAAGAUUUACCUGAUGGAAACCUUAGUACUCUUCAAAAAAAGGGUGAUGUUACUAAAGAUCAAUUUUCAAAGGUUCUUCGAAAUGCAGUGACAAAUUAUAGGACAUGGGUAUUUUUCCUCUUAUAUGGAUUUUCCAUGGGGGUUGAGCUCUGCAUCAACAAUGUCAUAGCAGAGUAUUUUUACGACAAGUUCAAUUUGAAACUACACACCGCGGGAAUGAUAGCUGCAACAUUUGGGAUGGCAAAUUUCGUGGCACGUCCUUUCGGGGGCUAUGCAUCGGAUUUAGCAGCCCGAAAAUUCGGGAUGAGAGGAAGGUUAUGGGUCUUAUGGAUAGUCCAAACAACAGGUGGAGCCUUUUGUAUUUGGUUGGGGCGGGCUGAAUCAUUACCCAUCGCCAUAGUUUCAAUGAUCCUCUUUUCAAUCGGGGCCCAAGCCGCGUGUGGUGCAACAUAUGGUAUCAUACCUUUUGUAUCGCGGAGAUCAUUGGGCCUAAUUUCUGGGCUCACGGGUGCUGGAGGCAAUUUUGGUGGUGGAUUAACGCAAUUAUUAUUUUUUUCAACUACGCGAUUUUCUACUGGUAUGGGGCUAACGUGGAUGGGUUUAAUGGCGAUAGCGUGUACCGUACCCGUGGCAUUUGUACAUUUUCCUCAAUGGGGGAGUAUGUUUUUUCCAGCAUCGAACGAUGGAAAAUAUAAUGAAGAAAAUUAUUAUGAAUCAGAAUGGACAGAAAAUGAAAAACAAAAAGGGCUACAUCUUGCAAGUGUUAAGUUUGCAGAAAAUAGCCGUUCUGAACGUGGGAAAAAACAAGUUGUUACAUCUAUAGCCACUUCAACUUACUCUAGUAGUCCUGAACAUGUUUAAAUUAUUAGACAAUAGUGGCUAAAUUAUAAAAUUAAUGAAUGUGUUUUAUAAUGUUUAAUUAGUGGAGCAUGAUUGGUUGUUUUAAUUCCUAAAAUACAACCAUGAAUCCAUAUACAUUAUUGUUUGUUUUUGUGUUUUUUUUUAUGUAAUGAUGUAAUUUUUUUUGUGUGUUUUGUAAAUAUAAUUGAUGAGCAAUAACAUUUUCCUUUUAGUAUAUGACUCAUUUGAUUUACUGUUAUUCUUUGUUUAUUCUCUGUAACUGUUUAUAUUCUGUAUCAUUAAUAUAUACCUUAUCGCUGUGAAAGUUUAUCUAUGAGGUGUUACCAUGAACUAUUCAUUUCUCUCUUUCUCUCUCUAGAUCUCUUAUCUCUCUCUCGAAAGUUCUUGUGUUCUUCAUUCAUCAAGUGUGUGUAUGGAUUCGAUCCUAACACAUAAUUCCCGUUAGACUUGCCUUUUGAUGAGAUAUUCCCAACAAGGUUUUCUCUUCGAAAAAAUGAAGUAUUUUUUUUAGAGAAGCACACAAUUUAUGUUUCAUUAAUCAAUUUGUAAAUUUAUAUGCAAAUUAUUACAUAUAAUGUAGAAUAAAAAUAUAUGCAUUUUCUAAACAUAGAUAAGAGAAACUAAAGACAAAAGGAGCCUAUAAAUUAAGCAACCCCUCAAGAUAAUAUUUAAACAAAUUAUUGUUCACUACAUAGCGAUCGAUCCCCUCUUUAUUAUUCAACAAUUAAACAAUUCUUGCAUUAUAAUUCCUACAUAACUCUUGUACCCGAGGGAUACAAUAACAACAAUGACAUAUUCAAUACAGUUAAUAAGUAGAGUCUGAGAAGAGUAUAUUAGAGUAUACACAGAUCUUACGCUUAUCUUAUAUGAGAAAAAUUGUUUUCGCGAGAUAUACAGUACUAGAAAGUAUAGCUUCUAGUUUUUGGGGAAUCCGCAAUUUUGAGUGUUUUUUGAUUGAGUUUUUGAGCCUUCUUACUCCUUAUCUCCACUCUCAUACUUUCACUUUUCUCAAUUUUAGCAUAAAGUUCUUUCUUGAUUUUUGUGGACGAUCCUUUCAAUUUCAUCUUCAACCUUAUCAUCAACCUCUCGAACCCCAUCAUCAUGUAAAACA